AUGUCCACAACGUCUUCCUCCUCGGAAGAUGAAAAUUUCAUCAGAGUCGAGGAGAAAGUUUUAGAAGUGAUGAAAAAAGGUUCAAAAUUCAAAACAUUGGAUGAUUUGGUGGAACUUCGGUGGUACUGUCUUUUGGUCCUUUUUAUGGCUGAAGCCACUGCGUUUACUGCAUUGGCAAGUGUCACAAUGAUGGUUUUUGCAGGAGCCAACCCUACCGUAGUCGGAUGUGACAAUACGAUUGUCAAUGGUUGUCAUGAGCUCAGUGCGCUUAAAAAUCUUUCCGGUUGUACGCCAGUUUUGGAGUAUCAGUUUGAGUCCGUGCAAGUUGAGUUUAAUUACAUCUGCGAGGACGCUAAAAAGGUGAAAAAUACAAUUACGAUUCAAACAUUCGGAGUGCUGGUUGGAGCUGCGAUUUUCGGACAGGUUUCCGAUAAUUUCGGGAGGAGAAAGGCCCUCAUAAUCUCAUGCAUCGGAAAUGCUAUAUUCAAUCAUAUUUCCUCGUAUUCUCCUGAUUUGUUUUAUUUUGCUCUCUGGAGAACGGUUGCAGGAGUUUUUGCUGGAGGAAUUACAGUUGUCCAAAUGGUUUACAUGGUCGAGAACAUUCCGAGAAACCAUCGAAUGUGGAUUCAGAAUUCCAUCACAUGGUCGCCUAAUCUUAUUCUCUACCCGUACAUUGCAUACUUGUCACAUGAUUGGAGGACCCUUUCUGUUGUGAUCGCAGCUGCUUCUGUGCUCUCAUUUUUCUCAUUAAUGCUUCUCGAAGAAUCCCCCCGCUGGUUGGUACAAAAAGGAAAAAUCGAAGAAGCCAGGCGACUUCUCAUCAAAAUUCGGAAAACCGAUCGUUUAUACUCAGAAGACUUCGAGAAGGAUCUAGAUGAAGUGCUGAAAAUCGAAACUGAAAAACAAGCGAUAAGCUCGAAAAAGGCCAAGAAAUACACAUUUAUUCAUUUGUUCUGUACCUGGAAAAUGAUCUCUCAAACGCUCACUUUUAUCAUUGGAAUUAUCUGCACAACGUUCAUUACCUACGCAUUGAUGUACAAUAUGGAAAAGUUGACAGGAUCACUAUACUGGAACGGGGCGAUUAUCGGGGCCGCUCGCUGGGUCGUCAAUAUCCUUGUAAGUGUGGCUGACUACAAACUACACUGGUUCGGUCGUAAACUCGUCAAUAUUCUGUCAAUGCUCUUCACAUUGCUCAGUUUGGCAGUGGUGGCUGUAUUCAUAUUCUAUACAGGAAAAGGUGGACAAGUGAUGAGUGUGGGGACUACGGUAGCAAUUGCGAUGUGUUCUCAAUUGUUUAUUGCCAAGUAUAUGAUGGUCAAUGAGUUGUAUCCGACGGCCGUGAGAAAUGUCGCUGUUUCGGCGGUUUCUAUGAUGAGCAGAAUUGGAUCCAUGUUCUCACCGCAAUUGUUUUAUUUGAGCGACAUUGCCGAAUGGAUCCCCUAUGCAGUUCUUGUCGGAAUGCAACUAUUAGAUUUGGUCAUUUUCUGUAUUUUCAUUCCAGAAACCAAAGGAGUCCAUUUGGAAAAUCAUUUACCUCCAAAGCACAAACGAAUCUUUGGCAGACGGGCUUAG